AUGGAGCAAACACCUCAAAAAAUGGCCGUUAGCUCCCAAGAAGCUUACGUGCUAUCCAUAAUGCAUUCUCUAUGGAAAAACCGAUCCAUUUCAGUCAUACUUGRUYUAAAGAUUCCUGAACUACUCUGCAACAGCGAAAAGCCAUCCAUGAGUAUUGAAGAGAUCGCUACAAAGUCAGGUUGUCAGUCAAGUACGCAGCUAUACGCCUUGAUGAGACUUCUCGCUCGAUGGGGAAUCGGUAGAGAGCUUGAAAAUAAGCAUUUCACUAAGAAUGRAAGCAUGGAAGUGUUAAGACGAGACAAAGGUCCAAGUGUUGGUCAUGCCUUUGCCUACUUUGCUAGUGAGGAACAUUUCAGUGCCUUGAGAUCGUUGGGAGCGUGUGUGAAGCAAGGCAAACCUGCAUUUAUUCUGGAACACGGCAUGGAUCAUUUCACGUACACAUAUGACAUGGAUCAACGCUACGAUCGAGCAAAGAUGUUUGAAGGAUCGUCUGAGCAUAUGAUAGGAAGCGAUGAUCGCAGAAAAGAGUUCCAAGAGAACUAUUCCAACAACUUAUUGUAUGAUUCGUAUUUGACAGCUGUUCCAGAUAAAAUCGGCAUGAAAACUGUUUUAACCGCUUUUCCGUGGUCCACGUGCAACAAACUGGUGGACAUCGGCGGAAACGUAGGCAGAUUUCUUGCAUCUAUCUUGAAACUGCCAGGCUGUGAGCACAUACAAGGAUAUGUUCUUGACUUGCCAGAUGUCGUCGMAGAAGCAAAAUCGAAAAUCCAAGAGCUUGGGAUUCCUGAGCGYCGCAUUGAGUUUGUCAAACAGGAUUUGACCGAGCCAUUUCCAAAUGACCUUGACGUGCAGGCUGACACGGUUAUGUGCAAGAAUACCCUUACCUUGUUUAUCAGCGAUCACAGUUUGAUGAGGAAAAUCCUGAGUAGUUGUCGCAAUCUUUUCUCGUCUAAAGGUGGAAGAGUUCUGAUUAUUGAGUACGUGGCGUCCGAGGACGAAGAUGAUAAAGUUGCAACCAAUGGAACUGAGAUGGAUGCACAAGCCAUUCAUUGGCUGAGCAUCUGUGGCUCUCCCCAGCUAACCAAGAGAGAGUGGAUGGAACAUAUCAAGGUAGUUGGUGASGAGUURGGAUAUCAUUUCAAGAAAUUCCAUGACACGUUUUCUGGAGGACAGGUUAUUCUUGAAUUAUCCUACAAACCAAUUCAUGCGAGYCAAUASAAGGRGUUCACGAACUGA